AUGCCUAGGAACCAGGAGGGCCGAGCAAACCCCAGCAUUGCGACUCAGCUGCCCAAAGGUGGCCGAGACAACCUCAGUGAACGCCUGUCAAACAGUUCCAUAUCCUUCUCCGUGGCUGAGUGCGGGCCCAAGUGGUCAUCCUCCGAAGCUGACAAGUCGGACUUGGAAAGUGAGUCCGAGGAGGAGUCGACCGGGGACGAGGAGGAGUGCCUGCUGGUGGAGCAGGAGCUAUCGGGCUUUGAGAGUUUCGACCUGCAUCCGGUGCACUCUACGCCUUCGAAGCAGCCCGGCCCCAAGGCGGCAAGGUCUGUCUCCUUUCUGGGCUGCAAGAAUGCCAGAGAGAUGGCCACCGCAGCGGCAGCCGACACCAACAUCGGAGUGCGACAACAUCGAUUAAUCCGAACUUGGCUGUCGACAGGAGCAGGAGAGUUCGUUUUUUCUUGCCAAGGGGUAAGUCAGGUGGUGCCUUUGCUUAACUCAGAGGUGUCAACUGCAAGCUGUACAGGGCCUAUGGCCAAGGGGAUGAGCGUUGUGGCCAUUGCACUAUCUCCAGCGAUGGCGAUGACCCAACGUCCCAGUAGUGCGGCCAGCACUCGGAGUCGAAGACAGUCCUUGAAGAUAAAGGUUCCGGUGAAGGUUCGGGUGGUUCCAGGUCGGGUUCCCUCCGACAAGAAAGAGCCAGAGGUGUCGAUGUCAGGAUGGGUUUUCUACUGUGCCUCGGAAAAGAGUGGAGAUAUCAGGAUUGCUCUAAGACUGAACGUUGGCAUGUCUCGAAAGGGAAGAUUCUGGGGGCUCGACGUUGGCAUUUUGGUGCCGGUGGUCCAACAUCCGACCUUUCCACUGUCCUACAGGCCUUGGGAGACGCAGGCUGCCGGAGAGCCCAGAACGGCCACGCGACCGAUCCCGGAGUCCAAGAAGGGCCCCACGAACUCCGCCUGGCCCGCCUCCUCCCACUCCUCCAACGGAGAUUUCGCCACACGUCGGCACAAGGGUGCCGAUGACACCGCCCGAGACAUGAACUUCGAGCAAUUGGAGGCUGUCUGCGAUGGGUACAUGUGUCGAGCCCUUCCGGCCCCUUAUGUCUCAGCAGCUCUCCCCCGUGGCAGUUGGAACCAUGUGAACUUCCCCAUGAUCGAGAUUCAGGAUGGAGAGAAUCCUAUGGUGCACUUCCUGGAAGUCGUGGCAAGCUACACAAUGCAAACUUCGUUCGAGGACUUGGGGUUGCACUACAAACGAGCUAUCACCCAUCAGGAUCUGCAACUGUUGCCUCAUCCAUUUGGUCCUAAGAUAGCUGUAGCAAGUCAGGUCAAGAUGCAACUGGUCAUUGUAGAAGAAGAUGAUGGAACAGCAACCGUCUUCAAGCAUUACAUGUUCCCAAACAAGGCCAAAGCAUCCUUUGUCAAGAACCUUGCCUUUGGAACUUUGUACAAACCUAGUUUCAUGAGUCAGAAGCCAACUGUGGGCAAGAAGAUUUUGCAAUAUUGCUUGCAAAAUAUGGGUGGGAGGCAGUUUCGUUGCUUUGAUCUGUCCACCGAGACCGCGGCCAGUCAAGCAAAGCUGAAGGCUUUUGAGGAGCUGGAUGAUGAUGCCCUCGAAUGCGGCUUUGAAUUCUUGAGGAAAAAUGCGCCCCGAAGCGGCAGAGAUUUACAGCAACUCUCUUGGCAAACAAAAGAAAUUCGCAAGAAAACAUCUCCUAUCAAUGGAUGGCCUGUCAGUCUUGUCGAAAAAGCUUUGCGCUGCUUGUCCACAGAAGGCGCCCUUGCGCGCAAGGAAUUCGAUUGGCCCCUUCCCUUGACAGAGAAGUUCUUCCAGAAGUGGAUCUUGGAGAAGCUGGAGAAGAUUUGGAACUUCGAUGUGGCUGCUUUAGUGAUGCUGGGAGAACCUAACACUGGUAAAAGUCCUUUGGGUCGGAGCAUCCUCAUGGCACAAUGCCGGUAUAACCGGACGCGCUUCAGUCGUGAAGAAGCUCCAUGCAUCCGAUGCACCCCUGAGGUAGACUUUCUCCGUGGCGAGGCUGGAUCAGUCAUCAUGGGCGACUUCUUGGAUGAUCCUGAGAUGCAGCAUGUGGGUCUCAAAAUCCUCAAGUCUUUCUUGGACGUUGGCUUGUACGAGUCCAUGGCCUGGGCUCGCUGGGGUGCAUCCAAGUGGGUGCAAAACCAACCUCGUGCCAUCGCCGCCAAUGCCUACGAUGCUUCUGUGGAUGAAGGCAGUGCGUUCGUUGGAACUCUUUCUUUCAAAAGCUUCUGGGAGAUGAUCCGUCCGGCAGUGUCUACCAAUGCCUCUCACGCAGACAUCAAUGCUCUUCUCAAACGAUCUGUCUUUAUUGUGGUGACCAAGAAGUUUGUCUACUUCAGGCCUGAUGGUGUGAAUGAAGAUCCUGUGGAGCGCAUUGCGGUCGACCACCCCGAUUUCCUCACUGCUGAUGGCAAGGAGUUCUAUGGCAUGUUCAAAUCCAACAACAAGACCAUCCCUCCAAAUUUUGACACUGAAGUCAAAAAGGAGCAGGCGUGGAUCUCUGCCAUCAUGGCGAAAUGCUUCGAGUCCCGGCGCCCAGACAGCAAGAACCGUGAGAAGAUGCGAGCCAGUGCAGAAGAUGGAUUGGAAGAGCGAAAGCACAGCAUCCCGUAUGUCAAAAUGGAAUCACAGGAGUACACAGAUGGGAAUGCGCUAUUGGCUCGUGAAACACGCCGGGAUCCCAUCGACGUGGACACAGACCGGGCCAGCUUUGGAUGGACCAAUUGGGAUGUCGACAAAGACAAGAAGGACCGUGUGGAAGUGAAGCGGGAGCGCGCGGUCUUUCAGUCCCUUCGUCCUGGAACAGGUGUGAUCGAUCUCAGCAGUCCUUCGCCAGUCCGCAAGAAGAGCAAGGCUUCACUGGGAGCAUCUGUUCCGAAUCCUGACGCAGCUGAGCUCGGUCUUCCACAUGACGCAGAAGAGUGCCCAGAUCCAACCUUGGAGGAGGAACUGGAGAAGGUGAUGGAUGCUGAGUUGGAUAUCCUUGGUGAGGACAAGGGCACCUUCAACUUCUUUCCUGAUCCCAAAAGAGGUAAAGGAAGAAGUGUGUUGAAGAGGCCUGCCAGGGCAAAAACGACUCAGUGGAAGAAAGUGCCCUAUGUGCGUUCGAAGGAGGCUGUUCAACAACAACGAAUGGACAGAACAUCCUGGAAACGCAAGCUCGCAGACUUGCUGCAAGCUACUGAUGUUCAAUUGGUUCGUCUAUUUCGUGAAGAUCAGCUUCUACAUGAUUGGACAGGCAAAACAUGCCCCCGUUGUGGCAAAGGCCGUUUGUCAAAGGCUCACCUGCUGCUUGGCGCCUCAAUGCCGCGACAUCGGUGCAACCGCAAGGGCUGCCAGGCAUACAUCAACCCUCAUCACCUACAUCCAAUCUUCAAGGAUGCAACUGGUGCUAGUGCCACUCCUCUGCAAACACAAUCUGCUUUGCUGUUCCUGUUGCUCAAUCGCAUCCCGCACCCUGCCAUCCAUCGCAUUCUUCACAUCAACCACAAGGCCAUUGAGGACAUGGAGAACAGGCUGAGCCAUCUUCGCAAACGUUGGGUCGAGGAGAAGGAGAAAUCCAUCCUCUUCGGCAACGCCAAGACCUGGGCUGAUGUGGAAGCAGAUGAGGCCACAUUUUGCAAGAAAUGGCCGAGGACCCCGCGCGCAAUCCGCAAGAUUGAGUGGCAGCCGCUUGCGACCAAGCACUUGCGGGACCGCAUCGUCGUUCUUCACACAGAUGCAGCCAAGUCGUACAAACUCAAAAUGAGUGGGGUUUUCCACGACCAUGUCCGACACUGCAAAAAGCGUGUCAAAGUCAAGGGCAAGUGGAUGUGGAAAUUGCCCACCUAUGUCCCCGUGACCACACACAAGGAUCCCAAGACUGGUCGCAAAUUUAAGACUAAAGGCACUCGCAAUGGCCUCUUUUGCUUCUACAAGAUAUCUGCUGGGAAGAUUGGCAGCGGCAGUUUUGGGGCCGUGGUACACGCAACUUCCGUCUCCACGGGAGCUAUGGCCGCCAUCAAAUAUUUGAAGGAUGGCACCAGGAGCGAAACGGUCCAAGCCGAGGUGAACAUGCUCGUGCGAGCGCAAGGCCAUGAUAAAAUCAUCAAAUUCCGCGGCUGUUUCUGCGAAGUAGAAAAGCCGCACCUCAAGUGGUUUUUGGUCUUUGACGUUCAUCCCUAUGGAGAUCUCUAUGAUCGAGUUGCCAGCUGUACACGAAUGACAGAGAAGGAUGCCAUGCCGUUGGUGCGUGACCUUUGUGAGGCGUUGAAGCAUUUGCACGUGCGGCAGCUGAGAGGGUACCGGGAACGACAGAUCUUUCACCGUGACGUGAAACCCGAAAACUUGUUGAUGGCCCGGGCCGCAGCUCGCAGGGGAUUCGUGCCGGUCACAAAAAAGCGUGGCACCGUGGCCCAACUGGCAGCCGUGAAGCUCGACGCGUGUUUGGCCUCCAACGCCACGGACACCGCCGCCAGCGCCUUGCACGCGCUGCGCGGCGCUGCCGCCGCCUUCGUCCACGAGGCCACAGCCGCGGUGGACGCCGCCUUCGGCGAUGGCAACGCCACGGGCGCCGCGGCACGGCGCUUGGGGGCACCGCCCACGGCCAUGGGAUACAAAGGAAUCGAUUGGGCCCCGAUCUCCGUCUAUGGCACAGGCGUCAAACACAUUUUCGCCAUCGGUGAUUGGGGCGGCAUGGAUGGGUCGUUGAGUCCGUGCUGCGGCCGUCCUGCCAUCAUUGCGUACGCUGGAGGGCAUACGCCCGGCCCUCACGUCUUCCCGCGCAGCAGGUGGAACCGUGCCCACUCUGAGCUGCUCUGCACCCAUAAGCAGUUUGUGGAGUGCUUCGAUACCCGAGGUAGCAGCUGUGCUGCUGGUUGCGGCUUCGUGCCCGAGAUCGACAUGCAACCGCAAUUCCUGGUGGCGAACGCCUUCAGGGCUCGUGCUGCGAUGAAGAAUCCUGACUACAUCCUGAAUGUGGGCGACAACUUCUACUGGGGUGGUAUUGAGAUUGACUGCGGCAGCACGCCCAUGAGUCAGAUCUCCGGCACGGCACGAAGCUGGGCUUGGGAAGAAUCCUGCGGGAAGAAUCCUGCAGCUCCAGCUGAGGACAUCAGUUCGACCAAGUCUUUGAAGGCAACCGCGCCAGGUAUCUACCAGGGUGCAGGUCUCAGCAACAAGCCUUGGCUUAGCAUCUUGGGGAACCAUGACUGGGGAGGCCGCCAGUUCUACAACGGCUGGGAUCAGCAGAUCGCAUACACCUGGGCUUCGAACCGCUGGAGGAUGCCUGCUCCGUAUUGGAGCCAGCACGUCUCUUACCCCGACCUGGGUUUUGACGUGGACAUCAUCAUGCACGAUAGCAAUGCCAUGGACGCCAAGGAUCCGGGAUCAGACCCUGAGCACAACAUGUGCAGUCGCAAGCACAACCGCCCCGAUGCCAGUUGCGCCUCCACCGGGGGCCCCGCCUCGGUCGACUCCUGCAAGGCUUGGUUUUGGGGCCUCUAUGCCGAGCAGAAACCUUGGGUUGAGAGCAAGUUGGCGCACUCCAAGGCGGAUUGGCAGAUCAUGGUGACCCACUUCCCCUGCGGCCAUGACUCCGGGUGGUACCGCUCCCUCCACACCAGACUUGGACUGGACCUCUUGGUCACAGGGCAUCGACACGACCAGGACCAAUAG